GGUGCGGCGCGUCAGUCCACAAGAGAGCGGUCGUGAGGGAGGGUGUGCGAGCCUCGCGCUCGAUGGAGUGAACACCUACCAUUGGAUUUACUGUGGUGCGAGCACCGGAUGCCUGCGGGAGGAUGGGGUGUGGACAGCACUCGGGAAGAUGUUUUCUGCUCACCAUCUGCAUCCUGCAAAUUAUCUCAACGGCAGAGAGACAAGUGUUUGACUUCCUGGGUUACAUGUGGCUGCCCAUCAUUGCCAACUUCUUCAACUUCAUCCUUGUGAUAUUUGGCUUCUUUGGUGCCUACCAGUACAAAACUAAAUAUGUAAUAAUUUACCUGGCGUGGGAGUUGGUGUGGCUUGGAUGGAACGUGUUUGUGAUCUGCUUCUACCUCAAUGUCGGGGUCCUGGAGAACAGCCGAGACUGGCUCAACUUUGGGACCGGCAGUGCAUCCUGGUGGGAGGUAAAUGGAAUUGGUUGCCGAGCAGUUUACCCAACUAACCUGACCACCUUGGACCCACUGCGGCCAAUGCGCCCCCUGCGUGUCCAUGACUGUCUGGUGGACUACCAGUACGUUGAGACCAUCCAUGCUGGUGUACAGUGUGGCUUUGCUGUUCUGGGCCUCUGUGCAGCCAUUUACCUGAUCAAAGUUUUUGCAGAAGAGGAUGACAGCUGCAAAACUAAGAGCAGACCAACCUCCAUCUACUCUGUUGAAUACAGCAGUCCACAGCGGGAGGGAAGUGAGUCCCCUGAUCUUGGUCUGGAGGACAGCCCCUACCAGCAGCCCAUGACACCCCGCCGGGUCAAGCGUCAGAGCCGCCACAGAGCUUCUGGCCGCUCCCAGACACGCAGCAACAGCAGCAGUCAGGGGCGAGCGUCCCAGCGCAGCCGCCGCCACCAGUACCUCAACCCUGUCAACAGACUGAUGGAUAAGGCCAACGAGUCCUCCACCAGCACAGACUCCUGUCACCCUCCAGGGGCGCCUCACACCCACACUGGGGGCCGCCAGGGGCAUUCAAACCCCAUGUAUGUGCAUUCUAGACCCAACUCCACCUACUCCAUCAACAGCCCCACUCCAGGCCAUGACCCCCUGGAGAGGCCCCCAUCUGUCCACUCAUCCUACUCCAACUAUCAUGGGCAGCGGCCUUCCCUCAACCCAAACCCCUAUGGGCGGCCACCUGUCCAGCAGGCCAUCACUGCUGGCCUGAUUGGUGGCUUCCCUCAGCGCAGAACUCAAGGUCACACCAAUGGCCAUGUGGCCCCAGGCCAGGGAGGCACACUGGCCUCCCUUCGUAGCUCCACAUACAGCAGUGGAGGGACCAUGAAGGUGGAAAGAGAGAGGCCACCACCUUACAUGUUUGGUGUUAACUCUGAAACUGUGAUAUGACUAGGGGUGGGAGGGACUGUGGGGGCUGUGGGAGCCUCCUUGAUCUGGGGACAAGAGCGAGGGCUGUGGGCUGCCACACAGACAAGCUUGGAUGGCCCUGAUCAUGGCCAGUGGAUGACAUGGUUCGUGUUGAAGUGCAGUGUUCUUGAAAGUUUACUGCAGUUUGCCCUGAAGCAAGGAAGCAAGAUUGGGCCUCUGUCUGUGAUCUUCCAAAGAUUAUAUAUAUUGUGAUUGCCAUCAUAUACAUAGCUUUUGCUCAUGUAGAUGUUUAGCACAAAGAUUUCCUACAGUCAUCAUUGUAGAAAAUCAUUGAGAUGCCAGCUAUGAAUCAUUGCAUUUUGUCAUAAAUUGUCUGGAGGUUGUUCAGUAUGUGUGUUUUUUGCCAUCACUGAUAAUACUUCACUGCUGUUUGCACCUGUGCUUGCUGUGUACUUGUGUUCCUUCCACCAUUGUAGAAAUAUUUGUGAAUCAUACAAGACAAGUUUGUAGUUCAGUGUUGGUUAAUCAUAUUGCAAAGCACAAAGAAAAUGAUGACAAGGAAACUUAGAGAAAGCAAUCAGCUGCUGCUCAUUGACAAAAGCCUUAGCAACUAUGGUAUUGUUUUACAUUUGAUAUACAAUGGCUGGCAUCUCUUGAGAAAAUAGUGUUUUGAAAGCAGACUUUUGCAAAAAUGAUGUGCCUUGCUGUUUGAUGGCAUGGAAUGCAUGCAACACCAGAGAUGUGGCUUUAAAGACUUUUUUGACUAAUGCCAACCCUAAGAAAACUGCCUCACCCUGGCCUCAUAAAAGUGUGUGUGAAUUACAGACAUGCUCCAUGUGUUUAGAUAUAAAUGAGUCGUAUCUUACAGUCUGCGUUACACGUGUUAUUUUCGUCAAAAAGACUGGAAAUACUUGUGAUUUGUAAGUAUUGACUAAAUCAGUAUCAGUCACUGCCAUUUGUACACCACUGCCAUCUUACAUCUUUUCAUUACCACAGAUUUUAAACAUAGCAUAAUUUCACAUGCCUAGCCGUCUUUGGCAACAAACUCCCCAAAGAGCAUGAAGACGAAGACAGCAGUCCACCAGUUGGGCUUGGCGCCCCUCAGGUGUUGGCAGCACAGCCCAUGUGGUGAGGCCCACUAGUGGUUCCCUUCCCUCAGAGUGCACCUUGAAGCACCCUGGCUAAUCACCUCUGUUAGAUGAGUUACUUUAUCCACACUGUUCUCAUUUGCCAUGAAUUCACUUUGUUACAUUUUUUAUGAUGACUGUGUGAUGGUAAAUGCAGUUCUCUUAUUAACCUUUUCCCAUCCAAUGUAAAACUCUUGUAUUGAUUCAGUAAGCAUCAGGACAGAGGAUUACCAUAGUAUUUGAUUUAUCACACUUGAAUGUUACCAUAUUUUUGUCAUAUCUUCAUAUCUGUAUACCACAUUGAUUAUAUAUACUAGAAAGCCCUACAGAAACUUCUAAUCCCCACUGCAUGCAGUGCCAUGAUGGUUUUGACAAGGAUAGGGAAACCUCAUCAGGGAUAAUGGUUGUGGCUCAACUAAUGCCAUACAAACCACUGCUUUGUAUGCUUCAUAUUCUUUGUAUUUCAUCUCUGAUGAUGUUUUUUUUUUCUUUUUUUUUUUCUUUUUUUUAUCAUCAUAUGAAUAUAAAAGCAAAAACUUAAACAUCCCUACAGUAAAUCUCCACCAGAGAAACUACUUGGUUGUAUGUUGUUUUCUUGUGGUGUGAACAUUACCAGUCAGACCAAAUGUUUCAUGCUGCUGAUGAGAUAUUAGUUUCUUUACACUGUGUUCUUCAUAUUAAUAAUAUAUAUACAGAUUGUCCUAUUUUUCUAUUUCUGUUAUACUCGUAAUACACCUGUGGCAUACCAAGAACCACAGUCUUGAGAGGGAACUCCCAUAGAUAAAUAGUACAUUUUAGGGAGACCAAAGUUGGAUUUGCUUCCAAACAAAGGCUAUCAACAACAAAAGGAUAACAUUAGUAUAACCACAGAAACAGUAGCUCUCCAUCCAGCAUUUAUUGGAAAAUUUGUAUGUGAGACAGUAGAUACUGACAUAGAAAAAAAAAAGAAAAAGUAAACUAUGGCCAGGCUUCACAUAAUUCAUAGAAGAGAGAAGUAUGAAGAAGUAUGUCAUAUCAAUCAGAAAAGACGUGUAAAAGUGAUGGCAUGUUAUGUUAAGUACCACACACACUUACACACACAUACAUAAAAAAUUUGUAAAGUAACUUGGUAAUAGAAACAUGUAUUUAUCUUCCAGUAUGAAUAACUAAACAAUCAUAUUACUGGCUCUGUUCCCAUUAUUUUAAUCCAACUCUCAGGACUGUUACUAUUAAUGUUAUUGUGAAGGGAAGGAGAAAGUUUUGAUUGUACAGCUUCAGAUUCAAACUCAGAGCAGCUUAAGGACUUAAUGUACUGCCAUUUUGACAUCAGGCACAAUGAGUUAGCAAAAUAGGGCAUAUAUCCAACCAAGCUACAACAAAACAAAGCCUUGUAUGGUAGGAAAAAUAUCUACACAGUGACUGGUGCAACAGUGAUAUGUAAACAUGAAACCUGCCCCUCAAAAGUGAUAGAAUUCCUGAAUUUGGUGAUUAUUGAAUUUGACUGAAAAUAGAUAUUGCAUUAAAGCUGCCAUACCAAUAUGAUUUGAAUGCAAACAAAAACAGUGGAAUGAAUCAUUAUUUGCAGGCUGUGCAUCAUCAGUAUAUCAAAAGUUGUCAAUUUCUUAGUUUGUUGUGUGACUUAACAUUGACUGAGUGUUGAACAUUGUCUGGGACCACUAGCUGUGUUCAUUGUGUGUGAUAUGCACAACUCAUUAGUGACUAAACCAUGAAUGAAUUUAGGUAAAGCAAAAGAAAAUUGUGUAUGUACUUAAAUUUGUAUUUUGUUCUACUGUGUUCUCUAAAACUUAGAGGCUAACUUUCAUUGUAAGUUUGGUUUUCAGUACUGCCUUUGUGAAAUUACCAGACAUUGAUUUAAGGUUUGGUUUCACUAUAUCUCCAGCUAUCCAUCAGGCCAUGGUAGGCUGGGAAAGCAAUGGAACCCCUGCAUGUCUGAUUAGAAACUUGGCAAUAUUGAUCUGAAAUUAUCCAUAGGUAAGAGUGCACUUUUAUCUGAUCCUUUUUGAGAUGUAUGCAUUGGUAGGAUGAUGAUGUGUGUAUGUAAGGUCAUAUAAGUAUUCUUGAGAGGAUGAUCCCAUAUAUUGCAGCUGAUCUCUUGCUGUACGUAUGUGGGAGGCAUGUGUUUCUGUACUGCACGUGUUCAAAACUUAGAUGAAAGCAGUGUUGCAAGAAAUGAGAACUGAGUGUGUGUGUGUGUGUGUGUGUGUGUGUGUGUGUGUGUGUGUGUGUGUGUGUGUGUGUUCCAACCAGAACAUUUGAAGACAGAAGAAACCCACCCUUCCAGGUCUCAUGUCAUCAGAAAAUAGCUAAACAGUUCAGCACACAGGAUUUAAGACCAACUGAGAUUCUAGUCACAUCAUUUAUACUACUUAGAGAUAACUUGUUUAGCUACAGACACAUCUGAGGAUUGAUAGAAAUAGGUUGCACAGUAUGAGGAAAGUUGUAUUCUAUAUUUAUGUGAAGUUAUGUAGAGCCAACAGUUUCCAUCUUAAUGCUAUGAGAAUCUAGGUUCAAUUGUGUGAAAAUAUAUAAGGGAGCUUUUUUUUCUUGCUGAUGCCAAAUAUAAGAUUUUGUAUGAUUUGUUGUAAUUUAUCUGCAGUAUUAGAAUGAAUGUUUUAAUUGGGCAGCUUGAGUUGACUGUUACUCCAACUGUCUUGAUCUGCAGACAUGUUCAAAAUCUGUCCUCAGACAUGAUGAUUGGCAAUAAUGUAGCUUAUUCCUUGCUGUUGAAAAUGGACUUGGUAGGUAAUGUUGAGAGUGAUGAGAGAUUUUAUCCUCUAGCAAGACUCAUACAUGCUGCACUGAUGCAGUACCCUUAAGGUUCCCAAGACUCACCAUUUAAAGUGAAAUGUAUUUACAUGGAGCACUCAUAGCCAUUUGUUGAUGCAUUUAUUCUCAGGAACCAAGGUAGCAGAAGAUAACUGAUAACUUGAGUUAGUGUCAUCAAGCAGACAGACAGACAUGAUCUCACUCUGAUGGCCAGGCUGCUAUGCCUUAUUUGACUAUGUUGUAAAUAGUAUUUGUAUAAUGUGUACAGUUAUGAACAGAAAUUGCAAGACUGAGACAAAUAAAUAUGUACCCUGUGAA